AGCAGAGCACCGUGCAAAAGUCUGCAUAAGUCGGAAACCAAAAUAUAUAGAUGUUAACCACGAGCCCACCCAGAUGUCAAGGCAAGGCAGGGCAAGCAAAAGCAUUUUGUUAUUAAACGCUUGGCAGCUUUAAUGCACUUCAUUGUGUAAACCAGUUCUCUUCAGAGUGCAUUACUGUUUGGAUCUCCAAAACCAGAGGAACCGAACUGUGGAACGGUUUGUAAAGAAAAGAAACCAUGACUGGGACUCUCGCUGUCACUGCUUUCAGCACAACUGAGAAUUCAUCAACACAGGACGCACAAGGCUCUACUCCAGCUUCAUCCACUGAAAACUACUACUACUACUACUACAACCUACCCGAUGGGGACAUUGGAUUAUGUGUGUAUGAACGUCACGGAGCCAUUUUCCUUCCAGUUCUUUACAGCAUUUUCUUUCUUCUUGGCCUUUUUGGUAAUUCUCUGGUCAUCUGGGUCAUUUCCUGUGGAGUACGACUUCGCAGCAUGACUGAUGUCUGCCUCCUGAACCUGGCUGUCGCUGACCUUCUGUUGAUGUGCUCCCUCCCCUUCCUUGCCUACCAAGCCCAUAACCAGUGGCUGUUUGGAGAUGGUAUGUGCAAAGUGGUCCUGGGCAUUUAUAACAUUGUUUUUUACAGCGGGAUCUUUUUUGUUACUCUAAUGAGUAUUGACCGAUACUUGGCUAUAGUUCAUGCCGUCUACGCUCUGAAGGUACGGACCAGGUCAUUUGGCAUGGUUGCAGCUGCUGUGGUUUGGGUGGCAGGUUUCACAGCUUCAUUUCCAGAGUUGACCUUUCUCAAACAACAAACCUCUGGCAACAUAACUAAGUGCUUUCCUGAAUAUUAUGCAGGCACUGGGGAAUAUUGGGACACCAACGCCUCCCAUUUUUGGCAAGUCUUCAGUCUUUUUAAAAUGAACAUCAUAGGUCUUAUCAUUCCUGCCAUUGUCAUUUGUUUCUGCUACUCAAGGAUCAUCUGGAGACUGAUGUUGAGUCAGAGGUCAAAGAAACAGGCCAUCCGUUUAGUGGUCAUAGUUGUAACUGCCUUCUUCAGCUGCUGGAUUCCUUACAAUGUCACAUCGUUCUUCAAGGCACUGGAGCUGCUGCACAUUUACACAGAGUGUGAAAGCAGCAAAGCCAUCAGAUUGGCCUUAGAAGUGACCGAGGCCAUUGCCUACUCCCACAGCUGCCUCAACCCGUUCCUGUACGUAUUUGUUGGAGAGAAAUUCAGACGACACCUGAUCAAGUUGGUAAACAAGACUCCCUGUAAGCUGUGCCAGAUGAUCAAGACCUGCAUACCACAGGACAGCAGAGUUGGCUCCACCUAUUCACAAACCACCAGCCUGGAUGAGAGGAGCACUGGUGUGUGAAGAGACAGCUAUCAGAUUGGCCAUGUUCCUGUUGUUUUCCAAAAGGAACAGUUUUCCACUUGUCCAUGAACACAUCUUCUGGAAUUAAUUAACGUGACACAAUAAUUAACGUCCAUCGAUAAUAAUCCACCUAGAGGACAUUCCUGAAAAUAUUGUUUUUCUUCAACACUGCAGAAGCAUAUCUCCAGCAGGUGGCGUUGCAGAUGUUGUUUAAAAGCCCUAGUCCAUAAGUUGAGUGGGCUGCUAAAGUUAAUUUGACCUUUUUGGUUAAAACCAGCAUUACUUUAAGUUAAAUGUCCGUUAGGUAAUGCCCUAAUCAUUAACAAUAAAACAUAAGCAGAGGGCAGCAUCCCUGGGAGUUAGAACGCAAUUUUCCAAUAAAGGAAACCAGAACUUCCUGCAUACUCUUCUAUUGAGUGUUUGUGUGUGUAUAUAUAUAUAUAUACACACACACAGUAUAUAUGCCUAGUGGUCUACUACACUGUAGACAUUAGUACAGAUAGCAUAAGGUAAUUACAUGCAAUUGGGUGCUCUGUAACAGAAAUGAUAAAUAUACUGAACAAUUCCCCCUGUGUUUCCAAGUGCACAUCAUCAUCUUCAAAGACCUAUACAUUUAAAUGUACUGUAUAUACAUUCAAACUGCAACAGCCUUGAAUACAGCAUCCAUAUUGCAUUAAUCAUGUAUUUCAACAAAUAAAAACGCGGACAGAAUAGAGAGCGUGGUGAAUUCACUGACUCUCAAGAGCAAAACAUUUUUUGUUGCAUCAACAUUGGUGCUGCAGACUUCAAAAGCAUCUGCAGUAAAAUGUUUGCAGUAAAAAAAAAAACAGUCUGAAAGAGGAAGUGUGAAAGUCAACUUAACACACACACUGUGAGAUAGCAAAAUAUAUGUGUAUUUAUUUUAAAAUAAUGAAUUCUGACCCUUAAUGCAAUGCAAAGGAAUGUGUUAGACUAUGUACCUGAAGUUUGUUUCUAUUUCAUGUUUUAUUUCAUAUUCAUAUACACAAUUGUAAAUAAUUGUAAUUCAAUAUGGCGGCAACUGGAGUGGUGACUAUUUUACAGAAAAUAAACAGCUGUAAUUUUUAA